AGAAAACUUUAGAGAAGGGAAAGCGGAAACACAGUGAUUGAGAGAAAACUAUGCUGCUUGAGGAAGAAAAGACAUAAACUGGCAAUCAAGUUCAUCAGGUGUUACACAAGCAACAUGUCUCGGCCACCAGCAAGAAAGCAGGAGAACCACAAAAUAAGCAGAGAACUUUUUGUACUUACGUAUGGGGCUUUGGUUGCCCAGCUGUGCAAGGACUAUGAAAAAGAUGAAGAUGUCAACAUCUGCUUAGACAGAAUGGGAUACGGAAUUGGCGUAAGGCUGAUUGAUGAUUUUUUAGCUCGUUCAGCUGUGAAAAAGUGCCGCAGUUAUUCUGAAACCGCAGACAUGAUUGCACAGGUUGCUUUCAAGAUGUACCUUGGGGUCACCGCUAGUGUGAGGUGUACUAGUGCCGCAGGAAAUGAGUUCUCCUUAAUCCUGGACAAAAACCCACUAGUGGACUUUGUGGAGGAGCUGCCAGCAGAACGAGCAUCACUUUGCUACUGUAACCUCCUCUGUGGGGUGAUUCGAGGUGCCUUGGAAAUGGUUCACUUACCAGCAGAAGUUACCUUCCUCCAGGACAGGCUGAAGGGCGAUGCUGUGACAGAAAUAGGAAUUACGUUUUUAAGGAAGGCUGAAGACAGAAAGCACAAAAGAAAUAAAUGAAAGAAACACUGGGAGAAACCCUUGCUGAGGGAUAUUUUGCGCCUUUUGUUUCUGAAGAAGACACGCAGGGUAAAAAUGGCUUCACUGAGCCAGCUGCACCAGUCACACAUUUGAAAGGUGAAGAGAGCCGGGCAGCAAACAGGAGGGGCAGAGAAGGGGGAGAGCAAUGCUAAUUAUCAUGACACAGAUAUGGAGUCGUAGAAUGGUUUGUGUUGGAAGGGACCUUUAAAGGUCAUCUAGUCCAACACCCCUGCAAUGAGCAGGGACAUCUUCAGCUAGCUCAUGUUGCUCAGAGCCCCGUCCAACCUGACCUUGAAUGUUUCCUGCCGUGGCGCAUCUACCACCUCUCUGGGCAACCUGUUCCAGCAUCACUAUAAAAGAUCGAAAUGGCCUGCCCUUCCUUCUGACAUAACCAUGCUCUGGAGCUCAAUGAAAGUUUCAUCUCAGUAUUUAGUGCACGCUGGAUGCAAAAUAUUCAUUUGGACGUCAGCUGUUUUCUGUUAAACGUGACCACCUUUUCCCAUUUUGCUUGUUGACAAUGUUUCAAAGCAUGUUUGCUAAGAGGUGCUUUAUUUCCCUGGCUGUUUGUGGUUAGGAAUAAUGAAUUCAUCCACUGUGGCUGUUGUAGCAGUGUCUUGCUGUCAGGUAGGUGCCUGUUUUGAUGCACAAUGGUUUGCCAUUCAUUGUCCUCCACACUGGACAUCCUGCACCCUUUGAAGCCAGAGAGGGAUGAGGCUUCAUUGAUGGCAGGAGCUGGUUUGGUUUGUUACGGCUCUAUCAGGCCCCAAAUGCAUUUUUGCUGGCAUGCCCGUUCAGCCCUGUGCGUAUGUCAGGCUGCAACACCCUGAUGACCACAUCAAUGCUUGUGUUGCUUCAAGCUAUGGGCCUUUUCAUGUCAGCCUCCUCUUCAAGAGCACCGAUCUCACAACCAAACUGAACAAAGCAUGGUGUAUUUAAUGUGUAGUCACUGUGGACCUGUACUCACCUAAGGAAACUUGAAUAAAAAUU